GAGUCCCUCCUUACGCAGACACGCACGGCCCACCGGCGGGCGGGAGCGGAGCGGCGAGGUCAGCGGCGCCCCGCCCAAUCAGCCAACAAGGUUGCGCGUGCCCAGGGCGACCGCCAAGAUGGUGGUGGGCGCGUUCCCCAUGGCGAAGCUGUUCUACCUGGGCAUCCGGCAGGUCAGCAAGCCGCUGGCCAACCGCAUCAAGGAGGCCGCCCGCCGCAGCGAGUUCUUCAAGACCUACAUCUGCCUGCCCCCAGCCCAGCUGUACCACUGGGUGGAAAUGCGGACCAAGAUGCGCAUCAUGGGCUUCCGGGGCACAGCCAUCAAGCCGCUAAAUGAAGAGGCAGCGGCAGAGCUGGGUGCUGAGCUGCUGGGCGAGGCCACCAUCUUCAUUGUGGGCGGAGGCUGCCUGGUUCUGGAGUACUGGCGCCACCAGACUCAGCAGCGCAACAAGGAGGAGGAACAGAAGGCAGCCUGGAAUGCACUGCAGGACGAGGUGGGCCGCCUGGCGCUGGCGCUGGAGACGCUACAGGCACAGGCACAGGCGAUGCCCUCUUUGAGCGCCCUGGAGGAGCUCCGAGCAGAGCUGCAGGAGGUGCGCGCCCAGGUCUGCAACGAGCACUCCACUCCCAAGUGCCAAGCAGCAUCUUCCAAGAAAUAGUCGGCUGCUGGGGCCCCCAACAUGACCUGGCCUCCUGUCCCGGGAGGGACCUUGAUGCAACUGUGACCUGUGGUGGUCACCCCUUACUGACAAAAUCUGGGCAUUUCCCCCAGGGAAUACAGCAGCAAAAGUGUUCAGAGCCCGCCAGCUGCUGACUGGGAGUGCUCAGCCCCAACCAGGAACCACGUUGGACUUUCAAGAUCUUGCCAGCCUAUCUCCCCACUGCUCUGGCAAAGGCAAAAAUGAAAGCAGGGCUCCAACCUGAUCAGGACCUGGUUAGACAAAGUCACCUGCCAUUAUUGGAGAGCCUUCUUCCUUUGAUGGCUGAAGCCCUCUGGUCAGCAAAGCCUCUGUUCUUGUGGAGGAAGCCUGCAGCUGAUGCGCACAUUCACUCCCCCAUCUUUGGUGCAGACCCCUCCUAGCUGUCUCAGUUGCAGCCCCACUUCCCCUGUCCUCAGGGUCCUUGGACCUUGUUUCCACUGACACCGUAUUUCCUCCUGUCCUUCUUCAGUGGCAUUUCUCAGGCCGAUGGGUUAGAUGCCAUCCACACACGUCUGUCCUGUCUGCCCCUCCCCACCUCUGGAGCCCUGGUCUCCCCAGGCAUGACAUGUCACUAGGAAUGUGAUGCUGGGCACAGAGUGACCUGUUCUCCCGCAAUUCUGGAAGCCAGCAGCGAAGGUCGGGAUGUUGGGGACUCCACUCCCUCUUCUGACGUCAGGGCUUCAAGACUUGUGGACUCUGUCUUGUCUUCAUGUGGCCUUCCCUCCCUCUUCUUAGACACCUGUCUUCUCUUGGACACCUGUCUUGAAUACAAGGCCCACCCUAAACCUGGGGUGACCACAUUGAAAGAUCCUUAACUACAUCUCUGAAGACCCUUUUCUAAAUGGGGACACACUAACAGGUCCCAGAGUUAGGACGUAGGUUUAUCUUUUGGAGCUUGUUACACUCUGCCCUCCUAGGAGUGCACAAGGCCCUGCUGUGCUGCUUGGCCAUUUGACAUCCUUCACUUGGUUUCUGGGGUUGGGCUCAGCACUGCAGCUCCAGAAGGGUGUGACUGCAGCAGUCACUGCCAUGGCUGUCAGUUCCUGUUGUUAGGAGCCCCAGAAUAAGAAGGCAUCUCAAGGAUAUAGGAGUGGCAUAAUUAAUAUGGACCUCCAAACUGGGCCAGUGGUCAUUAGUAACAGAAAGCUGGGUGUGGUGACUCACAUCUGGAAUCCCAAUACUCAGAGCUGAGGCAGGAGUGAGCCUGAGUUCCAUCGUGACUCCCAGGACAGAUUUCUGGGCCACAGAGAGACUCUGUCUCAAAGAAAAAAAAAAGAAAGAAAGAAAAAAGAAAGAAAAGACAACAAAAUCCUGGAGAAAAGACAGAAAAGGUUUUGGCUUUGGUGGGAAAGGGGCCAUGACUCAUCCUAUGAGGUCUUUCCCAUAUUGGGAAACUGAGGCCCUGGAGAAGGAAUGCUAAGGGACUUGGCCAAGAUCACACAGCUCAGGAGGUGGGGAGAACCAGAUGGUUCUGGCUGUAAAGCAAGGCGAGGGGAGGGCUGACCCCUCUUCCCAGAGGCCAGAGGCACUGAGUUUCUGUCCCCUAUUAGAGGAGCCCUAGGCCAGCCACACCUGAGAUCUCUGAAUAUAGGGAACAGAUUCAUUUCACCUGGCCCUUGUCCCUAGCGGUGGGCCUGGUAGGGCUUUUUGUCAGAGGGGUGAGAAGGACCCAUCCCAGUAUUCUCCAGGUGGAAACCCGAGACUUGCUUCUGAGACUGUAUCUCAACUUCUAGAGGAGGGAGAAGUUGGUGUCUUUUUUUUUUUAAAGCUUUAUUUUAUGUGCAUUGAUACAAAGGUGUCAGAUCCUCUGGAGCUGGAGCUACAGACAGUUAUGAACCACCAUGUGGGUGCUGGGAAUUGAACCAUGAUCCUCUGGAAGAGCAGCUGGUUCUCUUAACCACUGAGCCAUCUAUCUCUCCAGCCCCCAGAAGUUGGUGUCUUUUUUGUUUGUUUGUUUGUUUUUGUUUUUGUUUUUCGAGACAGGGUUUCUCUGUGGUUUUGGAGCCUGUCCUGGAACUAGCUCUUGUAGACCAGGCUGGUCUCGAACUCACAGAGAUCCACCUGCCUCUGCCUCCCAAGUGCUGGGAUUAAAGGCGUGCGCCACCACCGCCCGGCAGAAGUUGGUGUCUUUAAAUUUUGAGUUAGGUAAGGCUCUGACUGAGGGACAAAGCCAAGGACAGACAUGAAUGCAUGAUGGAGGACAGAGGACAGAGCAGGGAAGCAGCUCAGUGCCCGAUUGCCAUGGUUACCCCUGACAGUCAUCCGGCACCAGCAACAGCUCUGAGACCAGUUCUGGCCACCCUGCCUGGUGUCAGUCCACGCAGUUAUGGCAAAGCCAGGACAAGCCAAGGGCCCUGGGCUCAGGUCAGUCAUUACUCCAGCAAAGCAACUUCACUGUUCUGAGUUCCCUGAAGAACUCCCAAGAAAAUUUUCCCUGAGACAAAUGUCACCUUCAGGCCACCCAAGCAUGAGUAAGCCUGUGGGCCCAUGCUGACCCGGGGGAGCCUUCACAUGGUCCUAAUGCAUGUGGACAUGUUGGGACCUGUGGACAGCCUUACCCCAGUGGACAGCAGUGUGGGAAGCAAGUGUGAGGGGGUGUGUGGUUCCAGACGCUUCCACAAGGCAGAAGGCCGGAGCAGCUCUCACGGCUCUGCUGUCCUACUCACUGCAGUGUUAUAUAUUUCCCAAGUAGGGAGAAGGGUGAGAAUAAAUUUAUUACUGAAGCUGGUUGUCUUCAAGUGUACUUGUGUAUGUUUUUAAUUGAAAAAAAAAUCCAAUAGACUCAACAGAGUCAUUUGCUGCCAAGCCUGAUGACAUGAUUGGAUCCCCAGGAUUUGCAUGGUAGACUGAGAGAACCAACUCCCUCAGGUUGUCCUCAAACCUCCAUGUUCAUAUUGUAACAUUCACACAACUAUAAACACACACAAGAAUAAAUAAAUAUAUAAAUAAAAUGUAAUAAGCACUUUUUAAAGUCCAGGUUGGGGGCAUCAUAUGCCUGUAAUCCCAAUACUUGGCAUUCCUGCCAAACAAGGAAGACUUCAUGUUCAAAGGCUACAUAGAAAGACCCUGUCUAAACCAACCCAGUUUGGAGGUGGCAUGGUGGCACAUGCCUGAGUUUCAGCACUUGGAAAGUAGAGGCAAGAGAAUCAAAAAUUCAAGGUCAUUGUCCUCCACAAAGUGAGUUUGAAGCUAGUCUAGGCUCUGUGAGACUUUGUCUCAAAAACAAACCAAAAAAUUAAUUUUAAAAUUCAUAUUAGCUGGGCGGUGGUAGCACAUGCCUUUAACCCAGCACUCAGGAGGUAGAGGCAGGCAGAUCUCUGAGUUCGAGGCCAACCUGGUCUACAGAGUGAAUUCCAAGACAACCAGAGUUACUCAGAGAAACUCUAUCUCAAUAAUCCAGAAAAGCUGCCUGUUAUUCUUCCACUUGAGGAAGAUUCAUAGAGUUGCCCACUGCAUGCCCAGUCCUUCCUUUGCCACAUGGGUUCCCAGCAGAGCCCUUAUCAGUGCAGUCCCGGCCUCUGGGUUUCCAGCCCAGUGAGAAGCAGCUGCAUUCACUCUGUUCUUAGUGUGUGUGGGUAGGUGGGGCUGGACUGGACACAAACUCCUCCCUCCUGAGUGACUCUGGGCUGCCGGAUAGAGCAGACAGAACCCCGUUCACACCAGCUCACACAACCUGAACGAAUGUCCCAUCCCUGGCAGGCCUACUGUCCUUACGUAGGUUUCAUUGUCGGACAAGCCCUUGCUUGGAGGAACCAACCUGUUGGAGAGCUGCCCCAGAGGAGAAUGGAUCUCCUACAAGUUCCAGCCAGUUCUCCUGGCCCCAAGGCCAUCCGUGGGCCAGCCUCUGAGCACUGUAUGCAGACUAACAGGAAAAGCCUGCCUAGCAGCUGGGGUGCCGUCACCCACCAAGUGGACACAUGUUCACUGAGCAGGUACUGGGUUUGGAUCACCAGGAACAAGACAAAGCCCAGCAUCACCACCAUGGAGCUCGUACACCAGUGCUGGAGCAAAGACCUGAUGCUGGGGAAAUGGUGCCGCUUGGAUGGCUCUUGUCUGGCAUACUGAAGCCCUGGGUUCAGUACCCAGCACUGCAUAAACUGCAUAUGCCUGUCAUCCUAAUUCACUGCAGGGACCGCAGGUUCAAGGUUGAGAACUCCAUAGGGAGACCCGGGUCAGAACAAACAAUCACAACUGCAAGGCUUAGCAGAUUAGGCCCCUGAGCCGA